GAUGAACAGUAGCGUAAAAUUUAAACAUUAACAAUACAUGUAACAAAAAAACGAAAAAUAAGAAUCCCAAUUUAGCAACAGUUCGAAUCGCGCGCUUUAUAAUGCAAUCGCAUGCAAUUCUCUCACUCUCCCACUGUUUCAUUUUCCCUCGCAUUUUCCCAAUCUACACGUGGUGAGCAGAGCAGUUUUGUUUUGUUGUCGAACUUUUGAUUUACCGCUCUAUUAUGUUGAUUGACAGUAUUUCUAGUGAGAUAGUUCCUACAAGUUUGUGAUUUAAAUAGGGUGAAGCGGUGGGUUUGUUUUGCUGCGUAAUUUCAACGGAGUUGACCGAUAACCGUAAACAAAAAUGUUUGCGUUCAAAAUUUGGAACGUAUCACGAACCAAAAAGGUAUUCGUGGUCAUUGAAGAAGACGAGCAGAUGUUAUUAGUACUGGUAGCCAAAGCCUCAGAAAAACUACAAAUUGAUGGAAGCACAUUAGUGUUAGAAACAGAUGGGACUGUAAUAGAUGACGAAACAGUGUUGAAAAUGGUCGAAAAGGAAGUUUUAAUUUUGCUGACAAAAGAGGAGUGCUGGGUGUCUGCUGAUGUGGCACUGGCAAGUGCAAGUUUUAUAUCUCAGGCUUCUACUGUAACUAUUAGCUCAUCCUCAUCCUCGUCGCAUGAAUUGAGUCCGUUUGAAACAGAAGAGAAUAAAACGUGGGUUGACUUUGAAAUUCCAUGGAAAUGCUUACCAAAAUCAGUAAUUCGGGAAUGCGAAGAAGGCUUUAAAACAGGAGAUUGCCGAAGCAAAGUUAUCAACAUGAUUGCUGAUAAUGUCCGUGAAUUUACCAAACAUGCGGAAAUAGAUAAAUUUCGUGCUAUAGCAAAGCAAAUUGUAGCAAAGUAUCCGAAACAAUUUGCGGACGUUGAUGACGACGGUAUCGUUAUAGGAGAUGGGAAUCAUACAAUUUUGAAAAGAUUGGUAGAUCGUAACAAUUACUUAAACCGACCUCACAAAAGAUCACCGAAUGCAACAUAUGUAACAGAUAUACCUUUAGGAAAAAGAAGAAAAAUGUUGAGCAAAAAAGCAGGUUGUUCCAACUGGCAACCGGAAAUCGAAACAAAAUCUCCCGAAUCACUGGAGGAAAAAAAGAAUACACUUAAUGCGUUGCACAAUGCUUUUCUUAACAACGUCACGUUAGAUUUAGAAACUACAACUCUUCUAAAUGAGACAUACAAUAUGCAACGUUUAUUCCUGAAUAAAUGUGAUGCUCCCACCAUAGAAGAAAUUGUUACAGAGUGGCCAGUUUUACUUACAACACCAGUUACCUUUUGGCAUUUCGAGAAAUUAACUUCUAAAAAUAUAAACGUAUUGGAAGAGCAAUUUACCCAUAAAGCUCCCAAGAUAUUACAGCUUGGUCAACAAAAUAAAAUAAAGCUAACGUGUGAAAAUUCCUACCUGCAAUGUCUGGAAAUCAUAGCCAAGUAUUUUAAUGAAGACUUGAAAAUUUUGGUUGAUGAGCAGGACAAGCGUAAUCAAACAGUCACCUGCAACGAACCUUGCAUUAGAAGUAACCAAGAAGAUGACGAAAACAGGUAUUUCAUUUAUAUUGAAAAGAAGAAAGUUGCAGAAAGUACUGAUUUUAUAACUGCCUUCAAACUAGUAUUUUCGUUCUACUAUAACUUGAAUAUGUGCUAUCCUAAACAAAUAUCACAUACACUACAGUUUGUACAAAUGUAUUUUUUUAAAAUGUACCCAGAAAUUGGCACCAAGAGCAAGAAAAAAACUAUUACUAAAGUAGUAUCUUUAAUGAACAAAUUGAAAAAGAUCUAGGAUACUAUAAUAUGCAUGCGUCGAACUUAGUAUCUAUAUUUGUGAAAAUUGGUGGACUCCAUAUAACUAUGUUAGA